GGAUGUGGCGGAUUAGUUUUUAAUAGCAUCAAAGUGUUUUUGCGCCGCUCGUUGAAAUAUUCAGUAGAACGUUUGCAAGCUUAAAAAGCGGGAUCUCCGAGUCGCCGCGAUGUCGUGGACCAACGCUAGAUUUGACCCCCCUCGUGAUUCUCAACAAAGUGAACAUAACAUGCAAGUCGUGAGUACUCUAAAAAUCUCCCAAAAUAACUCCCACAAACAACCAAAGACGUGACUGACGUAAAAGAAGUGUGAAACCCAGGGAACUAAAUCCGGACAAAUCGACCAGACAACGAGGCACACAUGGACAAGACGCGAGUGCCUGUAGGGAGCAAACACAUCUCGAAAUUUUCGUUCGAAAACCGAUUUGUUCGAGAACUGAGUUUUCACUGGACUGUUUUGCCGCCAUGUAACAAUGGUUGAAGUGAUUUGAGGAGCUUCGUUGACAGUAAAGUAGCGCUUUGACUUGCCGGCGCCGGAGAGUUCUGACCCGCCGUGGCCUGGAAGCGUUGCAGAAAUCUCUGGAGCACUAUGAUGACAAAGUUCCUUCUGCUGCAUCCACUUAUAUUUUUUUUGCCUCACUUUCCGACAAACACUCAACCGCAUCGGCGUGGAAUGAAUUCUUUUAUGGAUGUUUUUUUUGACGGGGGUGGUCGUCCGCUAAGAGUCGCCGUUUGUGUCGAUGGAGCGAAACGUGAUGUGGGAGCAACAUGAAACAUCAGGCUGACUAUUUUUAGGAGCUUCUUCCACACCUCCACCUCCCUCUCUCGUUCUCUCUCUCUCUCUUUCCUUCGCUCCCUCCCUCGUCUCUCGGAAUCCCGCCGCACUCGCCGGGCGACGAGGACCCCGAGACCGCCAGAGCGCGUCGAAGCCGGCGUCUUUUGAACUUGCGCGUCAAACUUCUGGGCUGCUUUGCCGCAUCGCGCCGGUCGAAGCCGCAGAUAAAAGCCCCCGCCGGGCAUGUAGCCGUGGCGCGGGCUGCCGUCUUCAUGAAUAUUCAUGCGAGAAGCUGGAGCGGAGCUUUGUUUUUUUUUGCACGGCGCAUCUUCUUCUUCUUCGCGUUUCUGAGAGAUUACGUGCCACGACGCAUCGUGACUGCGCCGUCACCCAACUGACGUUUUUAACCGCUAAGACGCGUUCGCCAUUCACGCCCGAUCUGCUUUUCGCUUUUUUUUGCGCGGACACCCCAGGGCUUUUCGUCGUGGCGGACGCUUUUGAUUUUCAACGUCUUCGCUCUCGGGGGCAACUUCUCAAACUUCUCAUUGACGUCGGAUUGAAAUGAAGCCGACUGGUUUUGAUUCAUCGGCAUCGAGAGAAAAUAUGAAUGACGGCUAAGUCAAGGAGUAAAAAAAAUAGACUCGCAGGAUGGAAAAUUUGGCCUCGAGGACACUUCAAAUGUCGGGACAGCUUGAGGAGGACGAAAAAAUAUUCAGAAGUUUCUGACUGAAAGCGACCGCAGAACCAUCUGGAUGUCGACUUUACGAUAAAGCUGAACUGUGACCUGGCAUGAAGAACAACUCCAAAAGUUUGUCAUCAUCGAGGAUCCUUUAGGAGUCGUACAACUUUCUCAAGAUCUUUCAUGAUGCAAGUUUGUGACCGAAAGCGCCACAAAAGCAUUUGGAUGUCAACAACAAACUAAUUUGUCAUCUGGGUUGAAACGGGAAUCCAGAAUCAUCAAGGAUGCUCCACGUCGUCACAGGACCUCCGCCGGGCCAUCGGGGCACGACGCCGCCCUCGGCCUGAAAAUCCGCCCGGCCGGGGCAUGGCGGCGGCCAUCGCCAGCUCCCUCAUCCGACAGAAGCGUCGGGCCCGCGAGUCCAACAGCGAGAAGGUCGCCGGCAACAAGAGGCGCUCCAGUCCCACCAAGGACGCCCGGUCUUUCAGACACAUCUUCAGCGUCUUCAGCAAAGUCCGCUUUUGCGGCGGCGGCAAGAAGAAACCGGUCCGACGGAAACCAGGUGUGUUGACGGACGCCGCCGCACCUUCUGGCAGCUUUUGAACGUCCACCGUUUCAACAACUGGCCGUUCUCCAAAAAAAAAAAAAAAAAAAAAAAAUGAAGCUCAACGGGAAAAUUCAUAAGUCAACGAUUUGCAACCUGCUAACGAUACGCUAAGCCGAGUAGCCACUUCCUCAUUUGAUGCCUCAUACCGUUUGGAACACUUGGUGUAAAACAAAAAUUGCUACACUGGUGCAGUUAGAAUACGAAUGAAACGCUCGAUAUUUUGGUUUAAGUUUAAGAUUCCGUUUUUUUUUUUUUGUUUUAAAACACAGACAAGAAGCUGAAAUGGUGCAGAACAUGGUGUAUUGGUAAAAAAGAAUAUUUACAGAGUGUAUAUCACCAAAAACUAUAUUAGUGCAAUGAAAUGAAAGUCAAGAAUGGCCACGCAAAAGCAGAGUUUGCAAAAGUUCAAGCCAAACUUUUAACGUUUAUAUGCAAAAUGUCUCAAAAAUGGAAAGCGUGCAGGUGUAUUUUGAAGCCGGCUAGCGCGCCUACAACCACACUGUAGAAAAGUUCUCCAGGCUCGAAAACCUUCUCGGGAAGGAACUUGACCCGAAUGGAACCACUCCAAUGCACAAAUUUCAAAUUACGCCAUCUUGUGUGUCAAAGAGGUCAUAGAACACAGGUGACGGGUGAAGCGUUAAAUUGAUUAUCUAUCGUUCAUUUAUCCAAUUGGUCUAAGGGGCGUGGUGACGUCAUUGGAAAUCUAUCCAUUAGAAAUAACGUUGCGCAAACAUCAUUCAAUGAAAUCGACAACAUCCCGAAGCCAAGUAAGGUUCAAAGAAUCUGAGUAUAGUCCAAAAUAUUGAAUAAAUACUGCAGGAAAAAAAAUGACAAAUCAAAAAUACAAUGAUUGCUGCUUAACAGAGCCGCAGCUGAAGGGCAUCGUGACGCGUCUGUUCAGCGAGCAGGGCUUCUUCCUGCAGAUGCAACCCGACGGAACCAUCAGCGGAAACAAGGACGAGAACAGCGACAACACCCUCUUCAACCUGAUCCCGGUGGGCCUGCGGGUCGUGGCCAUGCAGGGCGUGAAGGCGGGGCUCUACGUCGCCAUGAACGCCGAGGGCUUCCUCUACACGUCGGACAUCUUCACGGCGGAGUGCAAGUUCAAGGAGUCGGUGUUUGAGAACUACUACGUCAUCUACUCGUCCACGCUGUACCGGCAGCACGAGUCGGGCCGGGCCUGGUUCCUGGGCCUCAACAAGGACGGCGUCAUCAUGAAGGGGAACCGCGUCAAGAAGACCAAACCCUGCUCGCACUUUGUGCCCAGACCCAUCGAAGUUUGCAUGUACAAGGAGCCGUCGCUGCACGAGCUGGAGGAGAAACUGCUCAAGUCGUCGCGGAGUCCCACCAUCAACGGCGACGGGAGCCCCCGCAGAGCCGUGGGAGAGCACGACGACCGCGAGGACUGCUCAGAGCGCGAGGGCUCGUAGCCUGCGGCGCCCCCCGAUGGAAGAACUCCCAUGUAACGACAGCCGACACCCCCACCCCACGCACACUCUUCAGCAACCCGAACGAGCAGAAAAAGAAACGAGCGUUUAAAAAAAAAGGGCAAGAAUCCUCUUUCCAUCUGAUGACGAUUUACAUUUGAUGCAAAAAGCCCGGAGGCGAGCGCACCUUCUCCUCAUCGUCAUCGUCGCCGUGACGACAGAGUCUUUUGUUCUUGCGAGCGCCGACAACGCCGAAGCUUCAAGCCAUGUAGAAAAACGUCGUCGUCACGUGCGCUGCUUCCUUCCUGUAACGACGCAAACACUUUAAGCACUUUUCCAGCUUCUUUUUCCCGUGGCCGCGCUUUAUUUUGAAGGAAGUUGUACAUAGUUUUUGGUUGUUUUGCUUGUUUGCGAUUGCGUCCCCGCCCGGUCGCGGGCCGCGGCCCGCUUCCUGCCCGUAAAAUUCUCACUCGGGGGCCGCGUCCACACUUACGGGGAAGGUUCGUUUAUCACGGGGAAGACGAUUUAUUCAAGCGGUUGUCAAAAUAUUCUUAGCUCGUCGUAUAACGUCACUUUGUGGAAAUAAAACGAAGACCGGCUCGCUUACGAGAGGCAAGGAGUGCUUGCUUCAAGCUGCUUGUUCGUCAUUCCCAUUCGCAUGAAGUUCACUGUAAAACUGACAAAACUAAAGAGAAUAAUGUUCCGACACCACAAUCUUCAACCGAACCGUACACCGCAAUUUCCGGCCUACGGAGCGCACCUGAUUAUAAGCCUCACCCAGUACAUUUGUAAAGGAAAUACCAUUUGGUACAUACAUACUGUGCGAAAGCCGCAAGUGCCCACAUUGACACACGAGACAUUUACAAAGGAAGACGGUACACAGAAAGAGUUUUCAAAGUUUUAAGACCUUAGCUUAGCUUAACAUAGCAACAACAUGGUAGUGCAAACAGGGCUGGUUUUGAAAAAAAAAAAAAUACCGGUAAAAAAAAAAAAAAAAAGCCGCGGCAGCUACACAGUAGCAACACGGUAGCGUAGCACUAACAUGGCCAGUUUAAAAAAAACAUACCUAAAUCACAGACGUGGCAGUAACACAUAAGCAAUAGGCUAGCACGGCGCUAACAGGGCCGGUUAAAAAAAAAAAAAAAACAACAUACCGGUAAAAAUCACUGAGACACGGCAAUAACACAGCAGCAACACGCUAGCAGAGCGCUAACGCCAGCACAGCACUAACAGGGCCGGUUUAAAAAAAAAAAGUUACGGCAGUAACACAGCAGCAACAGGCUAGCACAACGCUAACUCUAGCACAACGCUAACAGGGCCGGUUAAAAAAAAUGAUACCGGUAAAAAUCAUUGAGACAUGUCAGUAACACAGCAGCAACAGGCUAGCAAAACGCUAACUCUAGCACAACGCUAACAGGGCUGGUUAAAAAAAAAAAAAAAAACA